GUAGUUUUCAAAGAUAAGGGAGGGCUAAACCGUCUAAUCAGCUGAUUAAAUUCGAGAGCAAAAGCAGUCGCAGCGGGAAUGGGAUAGAAUAAAGCCUUUGAUUUCAUCCGAGCUGUGUCGACGACGGCCGGAGAUGACGGUCCUUCUGAGCCGUCCAUUCCCUUCCUUCAGGGCCGGCCAAGACAUCCGUAUCUUCAAAUCCAGACCGUCCAUUAAAACAAGCGUCUCAUGCUUCACUCCCAAACACUCCUUCAAGAGAGACUACACUAGCGUGAUGAUAGUCCCUACCGGAGUCGGAGCCGCCAUAGGUGGAUACGCCGGCGACGCCUUGCCGGUGGCUCGCACUCUCGCUUCCGUCGUCGAUUGUCUCAUCACUCAUCCCAAUGUGCUGAAUGCAGCAAUGCUCUGUUGGCCCAUGCCUAAUGCUUUGUAUGUCGAAGGUUAUGCUCUCGACCGAUUCGCACAAGGCUUAUGGGCUCUGAAGCCUGUUCACCAGAACAAGGUGGGGUUGGUUCUUGAUUGUGGAAUGGAAGAAGAGCUUCGCGUUCGUCAUUUGCAAGUGGCUGAUGCUGCAAGGGCUUCCCUUGGCUUGCCUGUAGUGGAAUAUGUUGUCACUGACACUCCUUUGCAGGUAGAGAAGUGGAUUGAUACAAAAAGUGGGCAAUCAACCGGGAGCAUUAAGCACCCUGAAUCACUACUGAGGGCUGUGCAGGCUUUAAUCAAACGCUCUCAAGUAAAUGCCGUUGCAGUUGUUGGACGUUUCCCGGAUGAUGAUUUUGAAGACACUGAUGAUUAUCGACAAGGGAUGGGAAUUGAUCUAUUGGCAGGAGUUGAGGCAGUUAUAAGCCAUCUAGUAGUGAAAGAAUUCCAAAUUCCUUGUGCACAUGCUCCUGCUUUAUUACCUGUAUCUCUGAGCCCAUCUUUAUGCCCAAAAUCAGCUGCUGAGGAGUUGGGAUACACAUUCUUGCCUUGUGUGCUUGCUGGCCUUAGUAAUGCACCACAAUACUUGGUCAAGAACUCUGAGUCCGAGCAUGGUUGCAUACUGACAAAUGAUGUUGAUAGUGUCAUCCUUCCUAUAGAUGCUUGUGGAGGACCUGGUGCUCUUGCUUUUGCACAAAGCAAAGCCAAUAAGCCCCUUAUAAUUGCUGUGGAGGAAAAUGAAACAGUCCUUGAUGACACACCUGAUAAAGUUGGCAUUGAAGCAAUCAAUGUCUCAAACUAUUGGGAAGCGAUUGGUGUUGUUGCAGCUCACAAGGCUGGAGUAAAUCCGCAGUCACUACGAAGAAAUAGAAUUAGCAGUCUUCAACGCGUGUCUCUAUUGCCUGCUAAUGGUUAUGCCGUUCAAAGUGCCACAACAAAUGGCUGAUUGAAGAGUUGGUAUAGGGAUUCAAGGUGCUGUCUGUAAUCGAGUCAUAUAACUCAUCUUCUAAAGUCAGUGAUGAUUUUCCAGUAGGUGGAUUGGAUAAAACUUGGUGAGUUGUUGAAUCCACUUGAGACCUUUUGCCAAUUGAAUACUCUUAUAAAUGCAGAGUUGAAACAAGUGCCAUUGGAUGUGGAUAAGCACUACCAGUAUAAAAUCGAAUCAUAGUUAGGUUGAUUGAAUGUUCUUUCUUCUGUUUUCUGAUCUGAAAUCCUGAUGGAAACUUAUAACUACAAGUCAAUGCUGGUUUUAUGUUUUUUUCUUCUUCUAUUGUUUUUGGCGGUCAGAUUGCUUGUCUUAUGUUGAUUCACAGAUUUGGUACUUUCUAUUUGGUCAGAUGUAUACAUUUGCUGGAGUUUGUUACUUGAAUUUUUGUAUUGUUUGACUAGCAGAAAUAGCAGGAAGCUUACAUUAUUGUGAUGCCGAUAUGAACUUGAAAUAUAACCAUAGAUAUAUACACAUAUUCC